AGGCUAUUGCAUCUUUCAAGAUAGCUUUGAAACCCAAACCUAAUAUGACUACUCCCUCUGGAACAAGCUUGGUGCAACACAAGCAAAGAGUGUGCAUGGUACCGAAGCAAUAUUGGCCUAUCAACAGGCACUAGAUUUGAAGCUUAAUUGUGUUCGUGCUUGGGCAAACAUGGGUAUCAGUUAUGCAAGCCAGGAUAUGUAUGAGGAAUCAAUCCAGUAUUAUGUCCGGGCACUCACAAUGAAUCCCAAGUCUGAUAACGCCUGGAAAUAUCUAAGAAUUUCAUUAAGGAAUGACCUGUUGGGAGCUUGUGAUUCCAGGAAUCUCGACGUCCAUCAGUGGGAGUUUCCGUUAUAAUUAUUGUAUUUUGAUUUUGGCGUCCCUUUUGUGUCGUGAACUAAACUAAUUCAUACCCAUCUUGGAAGAUGUAUUGGAAGAUGUAGUCCGGGCUAUCAUUCAUUUACAUCUGCAGUGAAAACCAAAAGGGUAGGCACCAUUUGAUUUACAGUUGACUCUCUUGCAAGAGUUUCUAGUUAAACAUAGUUGUUGAAAAUUUGAAGAGGACAAUAUAUGGAUCAUUCUUUGUACACCAUACGGUGAAUAUAUUGAAAUUAUAGCGGACAGCAUAUCAUCUGCACUGGAGGAGGGAAAUUGUGAUAGGAAAGUGGCUGUGACUUGAUGGAAUUUGUGGUAGGAAAGGGCUUGUGACUUGAUUGAUUAAUGGAAUAAAAUUAUCUAGUUAAA